CCUGGCCGAGGAAGGUGAGCGAGUGUCUGGAGGGGAGGACUCGGGAGCGCGACCAGCCGAGGGAUCGAUCGGAUUAAACUCGAUUUGAGUGAAAUUAACACAAAGGAGAGAAGAGCAACGCACACUAGUCGGCGAGGUCGCGGAUGCGAGACACGCCGGAGAAAUAUCUCAUGAAAAACAAACUUGAACUUUUUUUCUUCUGUUUAUUUAUAUUUCAAACGAAAAAAGGACCACGGUGGAUUUUUUUUUUCCAGCAAGCGGAGAUACUAGCCCUACUAACGAGGAGUUGAUUUGAUAAAAAGCCCGAAGUGACCGAGCUUGUUGGGUAAGCUAACAAAUGCCCUUUUGAGAACCUUAAUGAGGACCAUGGAGUAGCAAGCUUCAAAUUAGCAGCUAGCUGAUUAGCUCCUUACUGCACAACACACCUCCCUCCAUCAAGUCCCCUCCAUCUGUGGGCCCCCCACCCAGCCAUGGCGGACCCAGGGAUGUUGAGUUUAUUUGGGGACGAUGCAGGGCUGUUCUCAGAUGGAUUAGAUGGUUUAGGAGACUGCUUUCCUCAGCAGACUACCCCUGCCCAGUCCAACCCUCUAGCCCAGCAAACUAAUCCCUCGCUGAACCACGAGCACCAGGGAAACAGGGGUUACCAUCAGGGGAUGAUCCAUGGGGCUGGGCCUGGCCCAGGACAGCCUAAAUUGGGGCAAAUGUAUGACCAUGGCCCUUACACAGGCUACGAUCAACCUGGCGCCCCCGGAGGACGAAUGAUGGCCCAGAACGGUCCCAGCCAGGGAUCGCCAAACGUGAACACGGCCAUGAAUGGAAUGGCUUCCCACUACCAUAAUAACCCAGCUAACUCUAGCAACCCCCACCAUGGGUACCCAGGUGAUGCUGGGGGGGCAGUUUGGGGCCAGCAGCAACAGCAGCCACAGCAGAGCAGAUCAGCUUAUCAGCCGCCUCCAACACAACCAGGGGCCGGCCCCAACCAGAUUGGAGCCUACCAGAUGUCUCAAGGCAACUAUAGUGGGAUGCAAAGCCCUCCUACACCCAAUGCAGCUCGCAUGAACCAACACUACUCUCCACAGAGCAUGGCACCCCCUCCUGCUCAGGACCCAUCUCACUACCUGGGACAUGUUGGAAUUGGGGGAGCCCAGAUGAGACACCCCCAGCCCCAGCCUCAGCCUCAGCCUCAGCCACAACCCCAGCCACAACCCCAGGGCUAUCCCAACAUGGGCCACACACCCAGAUACCCACACUCCCCUUCACGACAGCCUCCACACCCCCACCAGCACCAACAAGGCAUGGGGGGGUUUGGAGGUGGCCAGUACCCUGGCUAUCAGGCCCAGUAUGGAGCCAUGGGACCUGGGAUGGGCCAGGGUGCUAAUGCUAACGUCACUGCUAACACCAACCAGGCCAUGGGACCAGGGCAGCUUGGCCAGAGGUUUAACCAGGGAUCAGGCCCAGCAGCUGGGCAACAGGGGCAACGAUACCCCACUGGACCACCACACCUGGCCCAGCCCCAUCAGACCCAUUCUGCCCCAAUGCAGCAGCAGGCAGGGCAGCAGGGCCAGCCUAUGCACCCCCUAAACCUCCCCCAGAGUCUGCCCCAGCCCCAAAACCAGCCCCAGUCCCACCUUGCCCCCCCAGCUCAGGGAUCUUACCCCUCCCCCUCCCCCUCAUCUAUGUCACCAAUGCGAGUUUUGGGAACCCCUACACCUCCUCCCCAGCAAGGCAGACCCCCUAGCGCAGGACUAGCUGGACCCCCGGAGGUUGCAGGGUACACAGCCCUGCAGUCUCCACCCAUUGCUAUGGCCCAUCCACAGAGAACUCCCCAAACCCCUCUGUCUGCCCCACACCCCCAACACCAGCAGCCUCACAGCAUGCCCCCCAAUGCAGGACAGAUGUAUCCCGGCAUGGGUCCGCAGCGUGCUCCACAAAUGGGUCCAAACAGGCCUCAGCUCCAGCAACAGCAAGGGCCUCAUGAAGCUCCAGUCAGCCAGGGGGGAGACCAGCGUCUUCUCCAGGCCCAGCAGCAGGCCUCUCGAAGCGGGCAGCCCCUGCCGCCCGCCCCCAUGGGUUUCCAGGGUCCGCCUGUCAGUCAGCACGGACUUCCAGCCCCAAACCAGGGCUUAGCACCACCCGCUCCGAAUGCUCAGACGCAGCACGCACACCUGACCCCACACCCACAGCACCUGCAGAGCACGCCCACUCCCCCCAACCAGGCCUCCCACCCGUGGGCAGCUCCGCCUCCCACCACCCACCCGCUCUCCUCACCCCCUCUCACCCCACAGAAAGUGCCUCACAUACAGCAUUCCCCCACCGACCCGUCAGGCGAUGCCUCAAUGAUGGCUCCCGACAGGCCGACAGUUGGCGCCGGUGCCCCCGGACAGCCUAUCAGCACAGAGCAGCCCAGCGACCAGGAGACCAAGCCAAAAAAGAAGAGGAAGAAGAAAGCGAAAGCAGUGGACAGAGAGGAAGAGGAGGGAGGGAUAAAGGUAGGAGGAGAGGAAGACAAGUCGGAAUUUCCCGGAACAGGAAGCGAUGCAGGUGAACAGGUUGCUGGCACAGGAAUUGUAGAGGGAAGUUCAUCGCCAGCGGAGGAGAAAAAAAAGCGGAAAAAGAAACCAAAGGAGAAGGCAGAGGGCAAGCAGCCCAAAGAGCCCAAGACCCCGAAGACACCCAAAACACCCAAGACCCCCAAAGAGCCCAAGGAGCCCAAGGAGAAGAAAGCCAAGAGCUCCACACCCAAGACCAAGACCCCCAAGAAAACCAGCAGUAAGAAGGUGGAGUCUGAGGGUGGGGCUAGCGCUGCUAAGAAGGAUUCCAAGAGGAAGAGAGAGUCGUCAGUCAGCGACGAGGUGGAGGUGAAGUCUCCGCCCCCCUCACCUCCAGAAGAAGAGGAUGACGAUGGCGUGCAGAAGCGUCGCUCCAGCCGUCAGGUGAAGAGGAAGAGGUACACAGAGGACCUGGAGUUCAGGAUCUCUGAUGACGAUGACAGCGGUGACGACUCACCGGCACCUAAGUCCCCAUCAUCAUCACAACAGCAGGAUGUGGCCGAGGCUGAGGGGCCUGUUGUGGAGAAGAUCAUGGGCACCCGCAACACCAAGAAACAGCUGGAGUCGGGGGAUGAAGUGGAGGUGGAGGAGUUCUACGUCAAGUUCAAGGGCUUUUCGUACCUCCACUGUCGCUGGGCAGACCUGGAGGAGCUGGAGAAGGACAAGAGGAUACACCAGAAGGUGAAGAGGUUUAAGGCCAAGCAGCAGCAGAUCAAUAGCUUCAUAACAGAGAUGGACGAUGAGCCUUUUAACCCGGACUAUGUGGAGGUGGACCGUGUCCUGGACGUUUCAGAGAGCACAGAUGAAAACGGAGAGACGGUGACCUUAUAUCUGGUGAAAUGGUGCAGUCUGCCUUACGAAGACUCCACCUGGGAGCUGAAGGCCGACAUCGACCAGUCCAAGAUAGAGGAAUAUGAACGCAUCGCAGCACGCACACCCAACACUAAGAGAGUGGAUCGGCCUCCUGCAGCCGACUGGAAAAAGCUGGAGGGCUCCAGGGAAUACAGGAACAGCAACGCACUCAGGGAAUACCAGCUGGAAGGCCUCAACUGGCUGACCUUCAACUGGUACAACUCACGUAACUGUAUCUUGGCUGACGAGAUGGGUCUAGGAAAGACCAUCCAGUCCAUUACAUUCCUCUAUGAGAUUUUCAUGAAGGGCAUUGAGGGGCCAUUCCUGGUCAUCGCCCCGCUCUCAACCAUCCCCAACUGGGAGAGGGAAUUCAGAACCUGGACUGAGCUCAACGCGGUGGUCUACCACGGCAGCCAGGCCAGCCGCAAGACCAUCCAGGCCUACGAGAUGUACUACAGAGAUGCACAGGGUAAGAUAAUAAAGGGAGUUUAUCGGUUCCACGCGGUGAUAACAACCUUUGAGAUGAUUCUGGCCGACUGUCCAGAGCUCCGCAGCGUGCCGUGGCGCUGCGUGGUGAUAGACGAAGCCCACCGCCUCAAAAACCGAAACUGCAAACUACUGGAAGGACUCAAAAUGAUGGACAUGGAGCACAAAGUUCUGUUGACAGGAACUCCUCUCCAGAACACUGUGGAGGAGCUCUUCAGCUUACUCAACUUCCUAGAGCCUGAGAGAUUCCCGUCGGAACAGACAUUCAUGACUGAAUUUGGAGACCUUAAAACUGAAGAACAGGUUCAGAAACUGCAGGGCAUCUUAAAGCCCAUGAUGUUGAGAAGACUGAAGGAGGAUGUAGAGAAGAACCUGGCCCCUAAGGAGGAGACCAUCAUUGAGGUGGAGCUGACCAACAUCCAGAAGAAAUACUAUCGAGCAAUUCUGGAGAAGAAUUUCUCCUUCUUGUCCAAAGGAGGUGCAGGGGGAGGAGGAGGAGGAGGAGGAGGCAGUGGUGGUGGCGGGGGAGGCUCCAGUGUCCCCAACCUCCUUAACACCAUGAUGGAGCUGAGGAAAUGCUGCAACCACCCCUACCUCAUUAACGGAGCGGAAGAGAAGAUAGCAGAGGAGUUUAGGGACUCCCACGGGACAGACAUACCGGAUAUGGCACUCCAAGCCAUGAUUCAGGCCGCUGGCAAACUGGUGCUCAUUGACAAGCUGCUGCCCAAACUGAAGGCUGGUGGACACAGAGUCCUGGUGUUCAGUCAGAUGGUCCGCUGUCUGGACAUCCUGGAGGACUACCUCAUCCAGAGACGAUAUCCCUACGAACGCAUAGACGGUAGAGUCCGCGGCAACCUACGGCAGGCGGCCAUCGACCGCUUCUCCAGACCCGAGUCAGACCGCUUCGUCUUUCUGCUGUGCACGAGAGCCGGAGGACUAGGCAUCAACCUGACUGCAGCAGAUACCUGCAUCAUUUUCGACUCUGACUGGAACCCUCAGAACGACCUGCAGGCCCAGGCUAGGUGUCACCGUAUUGGCCAGUCCAAGGCGGUCAAGAUCUACCGCCUGAUCACCAGGAACAGCUACGAGAGGGAGAUGUUUGAUAAGGCCAGUCUGAAGCUGGGGCUCGACAAGGCUGUCCUUCAGAGCAUGAGUGGACGAGAGAACGCCAACAGCGGGGUCCAGCAGUUGUCCAAGAAGGAGAUCGAGGACCUUCUAAGAAAGGGAGCGUACGGAGCUCUGAUGGACGAGGAGGACGAAGGCUCAAAAUUCUGUGAGGAAGACAUCGACCAGAUCCUCCAGAGACGAACACACACCAUCACCAUAGAGUCUGAGGGCAAGGGCUCUACCUUUGCUAAGGCCAGUUUUGUUGCAACAGGUAACCGAACAGACAUUUCUCUGGAGGAUCCAGACUUCUGGCAGAAAUGGGCCAAGAAGGCCGAGCUGGACCUGGACGCCAUCAAUGGACGGAACACGCUGGUGAUUGACACGCCGAGGGUGAGGAAGCAGACGCGGCACUACAGCAGCGUCAAAGAGGACGAGAUGCUUGAGUUCUCUGAGCUGGAGAGCGACGACGACGAACCAAGCAAACCCUCAUCCAAACCACGACGACCCCAAGACAAAGCCCAGGGCUACCCCAGGUCUGAGUGCUUCAGAGUGGAGAAGAACCUGCUGGUCUACGGUUGGGGAAGGUGGAGCGACAUCCUGGCUCACGGUCGCUUCAAGCGCCCCCUGAAGGAGGCCGACGUGGAAACGAUCUGCCGAGCCCUCCUGGCCUACUGCCUGCUGCAUUAUCGCGGUGACGAGAACAUCAAGAGCUUCAUCUGGGACCUGAUCACCCCGAGUGAGGAUGGGACCACCAAGACGCUGACCAACCACUCAGGUCUCUCCACCCCAGUCCCCCGGGGUAGGAAGGGCAAGAAGGGGAAGCCCCAGGCCCCGCCUCCGCAGACCCCACGAGCUGAUUGGCUGGCCAGCUGCAAUCCCGACCACUUACUGCAAGAGGAUAGCUACAAGAGACACCUGAAACAUCACUGUAACAAGGUGUUGCUGAGGGUGAGGAUGCUGUAUUAUCUGCGACAGGAAGUCAUAGGCGACCAAGCUGAGCGCAUCCUAGAAGGAGCCGACUGCAGUGAGCUGGAUAUCUGGAUUCCCCAGCCAUUCCACGCCGAGGUGCCCGCUGACUGGUGGGACAGCGAGGCCGACAAAUCCCUGCUCAUCGGCGUCUUCAAACAUGGCUAUGAGAAGUACAACUCAAUGCGAGCCGACCCCGCUCUGUGUUUCUUGGAGAGGGUGGGCAUGCCGGACGCCAAGGCUAUCGCCGCUGAGCAGAGGGGCUCCGACAUGAUGGCAGAUGGCGUCGAGGGUGAGGACGAGGAUCCAGAGUACAAGCCGCUGCGGAUGCCUUUUAAAGAUGACAUGGAUGACUUCACCAACUCCCCGCUAGAUGACAAAGAUGACACUGUGGAAGGUGAAGCCGAAGCUAAAUCAGGUGAAAACGGCCAAGGUGUGCCUGCCACGGGCUCCGAGCGGCUCUAUUGGCCAGCGGCUUCGGCUCUGACCGCCCGCCUUCGUCGCCUCAUCACAGCCUACCAGCGCUCCAACCGCAGAGAGCAGCUCCGUCAGGAGGCCCUCAAUCGGCCCGACGGUCGCAGACGGCGACGCAGGGAGUUCAUGCCUUCCAUCGCCAUGGUUACCGACACAGGAGGAGGGGCAGCUUACAUCCAAGACGGAACGGGGGUGUUCAUGACAGAAGGAAGCCCAUAUCUGGCUAAAGGAAGUGCCUACUUUGCCAAAGGUGGACAGUUCAUGUCAGAGGCAUCACCAGUGAUGACCGCCGGCUCCCUGAUGGCUGAUGGAGCCAUGUACUACAAGGAGAGGAGGCAAAGAUGGACUCGCCGCGAGGAGGCUGAUUUCUACCGUGUAGUGUCCACCUUCGGAGUAGUCUUUGACACCCAGCGUCAGAAAUUUGAUUGGACGCAGUUCAGAGCCUUUGCUCGACUGGACAAGAAAACAGACGAGAGCUUGGAGAAAUAUUACUACUCAUUCAUUGCCAUGUGUAAACGGGUCUGCAGAAUGCAGGUCAAGACUGAAACAGAACUCCCAGACCCUACCCUGAUCAUUGACCCCAUCACAGAGGAGCGUGCCUCUCGCACCCUGUACCGCAUCGAGCUACUCCGCCGCAUCAGAGAGCAGGUCCUCCCCCAUCCGCUGCUCUCCGAGCGUCUCAAGCUCUGCCAGCCCUCCCCAGACCUCCCUGAGUGGUGGGAGUGUGGACGUCACGACCGUGACCUCCUCCUAGGGGCCUCCAAACACGGUGUGAGCCGGACAGAUUAUCACAUCCUAAACGACCCUACCUUGGCCUUUCUGGAGGCCCACCAGCGCUUUACCAGCCAGCGUGGGGCUGGCGUCUGCAUGGGAGCCCAGGGAGAGAUCCCCAAAGCUGGGAUGGGAGCGGAAACCAUCCCCACACCCCUCCUCACCCCUGCAGAGCUGGCGAGCGCUGCAGCUGCUGCCAAAAUUGCUGUUAAUGCAGCUAAAGAGGAGGAGGGCGACGGGAAGGAGGUGAAGACCGAGGAAGGGACAGAAGAGAUGGAGGUGAAAAUGGAAACGGAGGGAGGAGAUGCCAACAACAUUCCAUGUACCAAGACUGAAACUCCUGACGAACCGAAGGACAAUAAGGGAGAGAACGGAGAAGGGAAGGAUGAAGCUGCCUUUCCACUGAGAGAGGAGGUAAAGAAAGAGGAGGAGGCCCAGCCAAAAAUAGGAGAGGAGCAUGAAGAGGAGCAUAGUGGAGAGGGAGAUGAGACUUCCAAGCCAGCAGAUGACAAAGACUUAACCGAAGAGAAGAGGAGUUUGACUCCUGUCGACUCUCUCGGGGACCAGAAGGAGGCGACCACUGAGCUCCCAGAGCAUCCCGACUCUUCUCCUAAAGCACAGCCGGGCCACAAGACCACAGAGGAAGAAGACGGAGAGGAGAGGGAGAACCCAGAGUCUCCUAAAUCUCCAAAAUCAGCCAACACAGAGAAAAGCCCAGAGGAGGAAGACGAAGACGACAAAUCAGAGAAAUCCUCUCAGGCUGAAGCGAGUGCUGCGUCAGAGCAGAAGAACUUCGACGAGGAGAGCAUCGCAUCUGUGAGCACAUCGGCCCAAAACGAGACUAGAGAUGGGUUCUGCCCCGACGACCUGCCAGAAACCUCUGCACUGCAGGCCCUGCAGGACCGUGCCUACGGCUUCUCAUUCUGGCCUAAGGAUCGAGUGAUGAUCAACAGGAUGGAUAACAUCUGCGAGGCCGUCCUGAAGGGCAAGUGGCCUGUCAACAGACGCCACAUCUUUGACUUCCCCAGCAACCUGUUGCCAGGGCAUGGCUCUGCAGUGACCGCGGCAGCCGUAGCCACGGCGACGGAGAGCCCACUGCAGAGGCGGAGCCUGGCCGAGUUGACGUUGGCCGGCAUCCAUACGCCUUACAGUGGGAGCGAAGAUAAAACACUAUCCCCACAGGUUCAUGAGGACGCUCUGAGCCUGACGGUGCCUCGACAGAGGAGGAGGAGGAGGAGGAAGAUUGAGAUUGAGGCGGAGAGGGCGGCCAAGAGACGCAACCUGAUGGAGAUGGUGGCUCAGCUGAGAGAAAGCCACGCGGCUGCGGAGACCCAGAGCCAGGCUAUAGACCUCACCAAGGGUAUGCAUCACCACAAGGCCUCUCCCUCAUUGGCUGGCUUCCCCAGUGCCCUGGUGACAAGCCCCUCCCUCAAAGCCCAGAUGGAGUUGCUGCAGCAGGCCCCACCCUCCGGACACAGAGCCAACGGCUCGCUGGAGGCUGACCUGCCGAUGAGGAGGAGGCGGGGCCGCAGGAAAAAUGUGGAGGGCCUGGAGCUGCUGUUCAUGGGCAACAAGAGAGCAGGAGGGGAUGAUGCUGAAGAAACAAAGGUUUCAGGUGUGGAGGGGGUUCAGGGUUCUGCCCGUGCCCACAGACCCCACACUGUCCCCGAGCAGAGCCCCAGCUCCAGAUCUCUGGCCUCUGGCAGUCUGGAGGAGGAAGAGGCAGCAGUUUCCAGCAAAGAGCUAGGAGAGUGGCUGAGGCAGCACCCGACUUACACCAUGGACAUGGCUGGAUUCACACCAAAGAGUGAGGAGAUGCUGCUGUCUCAGUUUUCAAAGCCCAAGCAGAAGCGCCAUCGCUGUCGAAACCCCAACAAGAUUGACAUCAACACCCUGACCGGAGAAGAGAGGGUGCCUGUGGUCAACAGACGCAAUGGACGCAAGAUGGGCGGGGCCAUGGCUCCACCAAUGAAAGAGCUUCCCAGAUGGUUACUGGAAAAUCCAGAAUUUUCUAUUGCCCCUGAUUGGACAGACAUCGUCAAACAGUCGGGUUUCCUCCCAGAAGCCAUGUUUGACCGCCUUCUGACCGGCCCUGUAGUCAGGGAGGAGGGCGUCCGUCGUCGGGGACGCCGACCCAAAUCCGAGAUCGCCAAGGCAGCGGCCGCCGCACAGGCAGCAGCUGCAGCACAGGCUGCCCAGGCAUCACUGGCCACCGCUGCUUCAUCUGCAGGAGGCAUCAACCCUCUGCUGCUGAACAGUCUGUUUGGAGGGAUGGACCUGUCGUCCCUCCAGAGCCUCCAGUCUCUCCAGUUGGCUGCUGGUCUGAUGGCCUUCCCUACGCACACUGACCCCAAGCAGGCUGCUGCCAGCGCUGCCGCUGCCUCCAUGCUGCCCCUCAUGCUGCCCGGCAUGGGAGGCCUGCCCAACAUGGCGGCCGCCCUCCCCAACAUGUUCAGCCUAGGCGGGCUGUUCGGCGGUAACCUGGCGACAGCCGCAGCCGCCGCCGCGUCCAACUCCUCCGCCGCAUCAGGGAACACCAACGGAACAAUGGAGGGAGAGAGCGACGAGGCGGCAGCGAUGACGAAGGGAGAGGAAGACGGAGAAGAUUGUGAUGAGGUGGGAGACGAGGACGACGAUGAGGAGGAGGAGGCUGAGGGAAAUAAGGAAGUAAUGAAGAAGGUGGCGAAGAAGAAGAAGAGAAAGCAGAAAGCGGGUGAUGUCACUGCAGCUCCUCAGGGCUCAGCCGUUGAUUCGUCCAUCAACGGCGAUGCUGCGGCCCUGUUAGCUGCAGCCGGCAUGUCUGCUAAUUCACUGGCGUUCAACCCCUUCCUCCUCUCCACCAUGGCCCCCGGCCUCCUCUACCCCUCCAUGUUCCUACCUCCGGGCCUCGCAGGGCUCAGCCUGUCCGGCUUCCCCACCGCCUCCACCCUGGCCGAGCUGCAGAGCGCCAUGGCCGGAGCGCUGGGCAGCAACAUCGUGACCACAAACCCCCCGAGAGACGAGGAGGGGAAGAAGGGGGAUCCGAGAGCUACGAGAGAGGAGGAGGAGGAGGAGGAAGAUGAUGAUGACGAGGAGGAGGAGGGCGGAGAGAGUGACUUGGCUGAGGAAAAGGAGGUGGGUGCGGAGGAGGAGACGAGAGGCGAGGACUCAACCCUGGAGGAUGGAGGGAUGGGAGGAGAGGAGGAGGAGGAGGAGGAGGCAGCGGCGUCUCCACAGAAGGACAAGAGUGACUGAAAUAAAACACAAUAAUGGACUGGCCUUGGACAUUUCCUCACCUCUGACCUCCCCCUUCUCCUCCCCCUCACCACGUUUACACGCCUCCACCAGAAAUAUCCAAACUAUUAUGAAUCCUGUUUUUUUUUUUUUCUUUUUUUUUUUCCUUUACAUUGUUGUUGAUGAUUUCUCUCUCACUCUUUGUUGUUUCUUUUUUGGCCAGGUAUAUUUACUAUGCGUCAGAGAGGGCGAGGUGUGAGUGUGUGAGUGUGUGUGUGUGUGUGUGUGUGUGUGUGUGUGUGUUAAGUUAAAUCUCUCUGAUCGAUAGUGUAGUCAGGGAAAUCCUCACAGCCGCUCGCUCAGAGCUCGGCUCCUCUUCAAAGACUGUUUCUUUCUCUCUGGUUGGCCUGUGUGCACUGCGAACGGUGCGCCCACACUUUUCUCUCCCACAAUCCCUCAAAUAGGACUUCACGAGGUUCCAAUAGUACUAUUAUUAUUAUUAUUAUAAAUUAUUGCUGCUUUCAGCUCUCAGAUCUUUAUUUUUUCUUUUCGCUUCCUCCUUCUUCGUCUGGACUGUUUUGUUGUUGUUGGUUAUUGGCAGCAUCUCAUCAAAACGAGGAGAAACGCCCGCAAGUGGCGGUUUUUGUUUUUUCCUAACAUCAGUUCUCAAAUAACAGCAUUACAGCUAACCUGGCUGUCUGUCUGACAAAGCUGCUGCAAAAGGAAUUGUGGGUAGUGGAGUUGAUGGAGCUGCUCUGUUUCGGAGCAGAUUUUUAGUUCUCACAUAUCAGACCAGGUAGACUCUGAGGAGCAAAAGGAAACCAGACUGGCCUAAAACUCAGUCUCACACACUGACUACCAUAACACACACACACACACACACACACACACUCUCUCACACAUACAGAAGUCCACCACUACACACACUAACCCCCUAAACCCUCUCUGUUAUGUGACUGUUUCUGGGAGGACUCGUCCCUGCAGCUGUUUUCCUUUUUGAGUGUAUGUGUGUGUGCACGUGCAGGUGUGUGUGCACGUGCACGCUGAACCAAUACUGUUAAACCCAGUCCCACACUGUUUGAAUACCAGUCUUGAAUCUUUCCACUGCCACCGUCUGAAUCCUGUCUCUCCUCUCUCUUUUCGAGGCGGCUGGUUUUGGCUCAAGGGGGGUGGCAGGCGGGCUGGGUCUGCCGCCAAUCAGGCCUUCUGAUUGGUCCGCCUCACGCCACCAAAACCAGCUGUCCCCGUUUGGAGGUUUCUGUGAAUGGGUUUGGAGCCGGUGGUCCACACAGGGAUGUGUUGUUUCAGGUUUAUUCUUUAAAAGGGGGCACAUUAAGAUGGUUGAAUUUCCCGGUCGCUGCCACAUUAAAAUCCUUAUUUUUAUUUUAUUUUUCCUUCAUAUCCCGGUAGUUUCAGACCAAGUGCUGCUCCCUAGUGACCUUCUCUUUAAAGACUGUUUCUCUAGUCACACACACUGACACCAGGCCUGGCCAAAACAGGACUGAGACACAUUUUCAACUGAGUUGGAAAUUCACAAGUUUUCUAUAUGAAGUUCAACUCUGGUCGCUGAGUUCGGUUUUAAAUACUUGGAAAGCACGAGCGGUGCUUGAUUUGUUUCCAUUUCCAAGGCCAGUUGAAGCGUCUGAGAUAAAUCAAGUGCUGUGAGUGGUUCAAAUAUUUGAAAGUACAUUCAAACACGCACCGUGGCCAGGUCUUAUUAACAUUUGCUAUCACAGCCAGCCCAGCAGAUGCAGAGAGCGAACUGGGACGGAGCAGGAGGGUCAGUUUGGACUCCCUGGAAGACGCCCCCUCCCCGUCAAAGACCCGCAUUCUCCUCUCUAGCGCUGAGACAGCAAUAACCAAGGCAGCUUUUGAAUGUUCCAACAUCACUCUCCCAACACAGACACACACACAAACACACACACACUAUAUGAAUAACCACAAGUGUCGUAUGAAUAGAAAAACAAAACUAAAACUGUAAAUGAUGACAUAAGUACUGCAAUCAAUUUUGUCUCACUCUGUUCCUGUUGAUGCACUGGUGUUAAAGAGUUAAAAUAAUCAGGUACCUUUAUUACUUAGCUACUUUUUCUUGAAAAAAAUGGACUUUUUGUUACUUUUAGCCAGCAAGCUGAAGAGCAUUACCUCAAAAUUCUUAUCUAGCCUUGAAGUUUACAGACAUACCAUGUAAAUGUUUUUUUUUUCCUCUUUUUUUUUUGGUGUUUGUCGUUUUGUUUUGUUUUUUGGAGACAUCAUGUAUGAUGAAUUGUAGCUAUGAUGCUUUUAAUAAAAGUGAAUCAUGAUAUUCGCCUAGGAAACCAAA